CACGCUUUCAAUUGCGUAUUCAUUUCCAUGUAGUCUGCCAGAAUGAACUUUAUUUCGGACGCAUCCUUCCUGCAGGCAUCCUGAGGUCCAUCCCCAACAUAGGCGUUCACUGGGGGUCUUUUUCUGGUGAAAAAGUUCAGUCUGACAACAGAUUACCACUCAUCACAUUCACUCAAGCACGGAGGGAGGAGGACAAUGGGGGCCGGUGGGGUUCCCCCCCAAGCCCUGCUGUGGCUCUUCCUGUUCGGCUACAUCGCUGUGGUGACACCCCUCAACCCGGACGACCCCAAUGUGUGCAGCCACUGGGAGAGCUAUGCAGUGACUGUGCAGGAGUCCUACGCCCAUCCAUUCGACCAGGUCUACUACACCCGCUGCACCGACAUCCUCAACUGGUUCAAAUGCACCAGACACAGGAUCAGCUAUAAGACAGCGUACAGGAGAGGUGUGAGGACGAUGUACAGGCGACGCUCACAGUGCUGCCCGGGGUUCUUUGAAAGUGGAAACCUGUGUGUUCCGUUGUGUACUGAAGAGUGUGCCCACGGACGCUGUGUCUCUCCUGAAACCUGCCAGUGUGAGCCUGGCUGGGGAGGACUGGACUGCUCCAGUGGCUGUGAAAGUAACUUCUGGGGGCCCCACUGCAGUAACCGCUGUCAGUGCCGCAACGGGGCCAAAUGUAACCCGAUCACCGGAGCCUGCGUCUGCACCGACGGCUUCCAGGGAUGGCGCUGCGAGGAGACCUGUGACCACACCCUCUACGGCAAGGACUGCCUGCAGGAGUGCCAGUGCCUGAACGGCGCCACCUGCCACCAUCAGACGGGAGAGUGCCUCUGUGCGCCCGGAUACACCGGAGCCUUCUGUGAGGAGCCUUGCCCCCCAGGUAAACACGGCUCCCUGUGUGAACAGCGCUGUCCCUGCCAGAAUGGAGGAGCGUGCCAUCACGUCACCGGAGACUGCUCCUGUCCCGCGGGAUGGGUGGGUCCGGUGUGUGCACAGCCGUGUUCGUUCGGAUCGUUCGGCAUCAACUGCUCUCAGGAGUGCACGUGUCGCAACGGAGGCUUGUGUGACCACAUCAGCGGUCAGUGUCAGUGCACUGCAGGCUACAUCGGAGAGAGAUGCCAGGACGAGUGCCCAGUCGGCACUUACGGGCCGCAGUGUGCCCACAAGUGUGACUGCCAGAACGGAGCCAAGUGCUACCACAUUAACGGGGCCUGCCUGUGCAACGAGGGCUUCAAGGGCCCCAGCUGCCAGGACCGCUUCUGUCCCCCGGGCCUCUAUGGACUCAUCUGUGACAAAUACUGCCCCUGCAAAACUGCAAACACUCUCAGCUGCCACCCUCUGUCGGGGGAGUGCACCUGUGCAGCGGGAUGGGCGGGACUUUACUGUAACGAGACCUGUCCGUCAGGUUACUACGGAGAGGGCUGCCGAGAGCUGUGCGCCUGUGCCAAUGGAGCGGACUGUGAUGGCGUGGCUGGGGCUUGUAUGUGCGCCCCGGGAUAUAUAGGGGACGACUGCUCCAUCAGCUGUCCUGCCGGUCUCUAUGGGACAAACUGCACCUCCUCCUGCUCCUGUCACAAUGAGAUCUCCUGCUCACACAUUGAUGGAUCCUGCAUCUGCAGAGAAGGUUGGCAGGGUGUGGACUGCUCCAUCCCGUGCUCCAGUGGUACCUGGGGACUGAGCUGCAACCAGACAUGUCAGUGUGCCAACGGGGCGGCCUGCAACCCCUCCAACGGGACAUGCACCUGCUCCCCGGGCUGGAGGGACGAGUACUGCGACUUACCGUGUCCUGAGGGAUCAUACGGGCUGGACUGCAGAGAGAGAUGCGACUGUUUCAACGCAGACGGAUGCGAUCCAGUGACCGGCUUCUGUCGCUGCCUUGCAGGUUGGACCGGUGUCCAUUGCGACAGUGUUUGUGAGGAGGGGCGCUGGGGGCCAAACUGCUCCUACAGCUGUACCUGUGAGAACGGAGGCUCCUGCUCCCCAGAGGACGGCACCUGUGUGUGCGCUUCUGGCUACCGCGGCACCAACUGCAGACGGACUUGUUCUCCUGGUUUCUACGGACACCGUUGCAGCCAGUCAUGCCCACAGUGUAUCCAUAGCGACGGGGCGUGCCACCAUGUCACCGGCCACUGUGAAUGUCUGUCCGGCUUCUUCGGCUCCCUCUGUAAUCAAGUGUGUCCCAGUGGGAAGUAUGGUAAAGCCUGUGCCGAGACGUGUUCGUGCACUAACAACGGCACGUGUAAUCCCAUCGACGGCUCCUGUCAGUGCUACCCAGGCUGGAUCAGUGAGGACUGCUCCAAAUCAUGCUCUCAGGGCUCAUGGGGUCCUGACUGCAUCCACACAUGCAACUGUCACAACGGCGCCCAGUGCAGCGCCACAGACGGGGAGUGUAACUGCAGCCCUGGAUGGACGGGCCUCUUCUGUACUCAGCGCUGUUCUGCAGGUUUCUACGGCUCUCAGUGUGCUGAAGUGUGCCGCUGUCAGAACGGGGCGGACUGCGAACACAUCAGCGGACAGUGUUCCUGCAGGACGGGCUUCAUAGGGCAGAGCUGCGAGCUCAAGUGUCCUGCGGGGACAUUCGGGUACGGCUGCCAGCAGCUGUGUGAGUGCAUGAAUAACGCCACCUGUGACUACGUGACGGGGACCUGCUACUGCAGCAUCGGCUUCAAAGGCAUCCGCUGUGACCAGGCGGCUCUGAUGAUGGAGGAGCUGAACCCCUACACCAAGAUCAGCCCGGCUCUGGCGUCAGAGCGGCAGUCAGCCGGGGCCGUGCUGGGCAUCAUCUUCUUGCUGCUGCUCAUCAUGGCCAUGCUCAGCCUGGUGGUGUGGUUCCGCUAUCGGCAGAGAGAGAAAGGCCACAACGUGCCCAACGUCACCUACACCCCCGCCCUGCACAUCAACUCCACCGACUACUCCCUCUCAGGGCUGCAGUGCACAGGCCUGCUUUCCUCUCCAGACUCCUCCCCCAGUAACAGCGCUGCAGGCCGCUGCUUCUCCAACCCCAGUUACCGCACCCUGGGGCCCUGCACCUACGCCGCGCACUACGCCAAGCCCAACAAGAGGUGCGCCACCAAGAUGAAGACAAAGAAGCGACACAGGAACAGUGCUCCAGAGUGGGGGGCCUACUGUAACCUCAACGACCUGGGUGUUUACCGCAUUGAUCGGCGCUUCAGCUACAAUGUGGAGCCGCGCUACAGAGACUACAUGAAGGGCUCCUUGUCCAGCACCUGCUCCCUGAACAGUGAGAACCCGUACGCCACCAUCAAUGAUGCUCCAGGUGCAUGCAAACACUCAGAGAGCAGCUACGUGGAGAUGAAGUCACCGGCUCACCAUGAACACAUGACACACUGCUGCCCCGCUGCCAUCAUCACCACGGCGACCUCCAUCACCGCACCCACCAAGAACGUCUACGACAUGGAACCAACCAUCAGUAUCAUCCAGGGGGCCAACGGCAUGGUGCUUCCCAGUUACCCCCAGAACCCGUACGACCUGCCCAGGAACAGCCACAUCCCGAGCCACUACGACCUGCUGCCUGUGCGCCCCAGCCCCUCCCACAGCCACAGCCUCACCCUGCGCAGCCACAGCCCCCCGCUGCCCGGUAGCCCCACCAGCUCGCUGCUCUAGACCCCCUCCAGCCCCAAGGACCAGACACUGGACUCGCAGAAACAGCAAAUUGUAAACUGGGAUAAAACGGGGAAAGGUUAUUCUGGCAGUGCUCUAACUGCUGUUUAUCACUGUAUUAUAUCCAAACUGUUUCUGUGCCAAUCAAUACUACAUAUUUGUGUUGUAUUGUCAAUUCCCCUUCAUCAAAAACAUGUCAAAAAAGGGAAUAAACGUCGAAGUAUGCACAAAAGUAUACCUUUUUUCUGGUAUGCUGAUACGUCAGAAGAUGGAAAGUGAAGGAAGAAUGGAAAAGAGUUUUCAGAGAGUCACAAAGAGACUGCGUGUAAAUGUAUCUAUACUGCAAAGUAAAUGUGAGAGCCAAAUAUAAGACUGAGGCCCUAUUUACACCUGGACUGAGUGGAUCUACCCAACGAGGAGGAAGCAUCAAACGGGCAUUAUUUCUCCAGUGCAAACAGACUUGUAAAUUAUGGAAAAAUGGAGGAAAGGUGCUCUUUUCUCCCAUAUUCUCCUGGAAAAAGGAGAUAGUAAAUAUGUGAAAUAUGCACAAACUUCAAUCUGGUCAGUACCACACUACCUGUAUAAUUCUGGGAUUUUUACAUAUUUGUUUCUUAUUUCCUGUUUACAUAUUUAAAGGUCCUGACAGGGAUCUAUAUUUUCUCUCUGAAAAUGUAUUUUUUUGUAAUUACUGUAGACAGAGUGGUGUAUUGGAUGUACACUUACUGUACACUAGUGAUUAUUAAUGUGAUUUUCUUUUGUUGUGUCAACUUUAAUACGCAUGCCAAAGAGUAUUCAAAAGAUAAUAUUAGCCAGAAUUACCUUUAAUAGGUCCUUUGGUGCAAACUGAAUACUGUCAUCUGACUGUCCUCACAUGCAAACAAAUUCAAAAUGCUUUUUGGGAACAGAUUGUCAUGUUUGAUGGUUUUUCAAUGAAUCGAUAAAUAAUGUGACCUAUGACAAAGUGGAAUUUGUCCAAGAGGACAGCUUCAAAUGUCCUAAACUGAAAGAUAUUCAGUUUCUAUCACUUUAUGGAAAGAAAAAGCUGAAUAUUAUCACAUUUCUUUGCUUGAAAAUGAUGAAUCCAUUCACAAAAUAGUUGAACAAAUGUACUCAUUAUUGAAGUAUGAAUGCACUGUUGUUUUUUUGCAGCAAGGUCAAAAGUGGAAGCCAAUCAAUUACUUCAACCAUUUUUAUAUUUCAUAGGAAACAGAUCUGUAAUGUGUGAAAUCCUGCUGGAUUUUUCAAUGACAUGCAGAUCACUUUUGGUAAAAAUGCUCACAAUUUUAAAUUUGCAAAUAGCAAUAACAGGACAUGUUGACAAUCAGAUGUGAACCGCUUUGUUUUCCCAUGUAUUCAUUUCCUACUUGUGUGCCAUUUGCCCUAACUUUAUCUUGCUAGUUACGCCUUUCCUUAAGCUUUGUUCAUAAUGAAUAGUUUAAACUACAGUAGAUGUAUUGAGUGCUCCGUGGUCAUUUUGUUUCAAGCCCUUAACUUAAUAAAGUCGUCAUAGCUCAGGGGAGUGGUGUCAUGUCUUGUUACGAAGCAGAGAAGCAACCUAAACUGCUUCUGGUAAAGCAUUUAAACAGCUGUGGUCAUCAAGAAAUGGGGUUAAACAAAUGUGUGUCUUCUGCAUAUCAACAAUAUUUUUACAUCACGAUGACUGAUCAUGUUUCCCAAAGAGAGUUUGUUAGACUA